CCCAUUAUGGGUUGAUCGGUCAAACUCAACGGUUCAUCUUCUAGUUCUGCAGUUUUCUUCCUACCCUUUUGGCUGCAUAGCUCAUCUUCUUCUCUCAGGAUUUUCUUUCAAAUGGUCAACUCUUAUGUUUAACAUCCUGCAACAUGCCUCGUUGCAGUGCCGAUUCCGGUGACUAUGUGGCACGGAAGCAUGAUAGAAGAUGGAAAAGCUGGAAGCAACCCGGGAGGAUAUGAACGGAGUGGGGUUAUACAUGAAAUUAGUCGGACAGCCUUCCUUGAUGCAGUCUAGCAGUCAUGUUUAUACUUCCUCCACCUUAUCAGGAGUUUCGACGCCUAUCGAUGUUCCGACGUCCCAGGGACUGCAUUCCGGUCGGCAUCCUAGAAGAGAUACUAGAACCGGCAUAGCAGGUUUCGAGUGGUUCCGAAGCCAAAGAUUGCUGUAUUGGUUGCUAUUGAUCGUUCUGUGGUCUUGCCUACGGCUCUAUGCGCAACCCAGGUGGGCUCAAGGCGGCAAGAAGGAUAAUGUCAUGGGUUCUGUUGAUAAACCAAGCCACUAUGAAAAUGGAGAAAAUAGUAAGAACUUCUUGGUAGGUAAACAGGGGAGAACUGCGGACAAGCAGAGAGCAGAUGGUAGAUCGCCGAACUUUUUAAGGAAGAGGAACACAAGAGGUAUCCGACAUUCACGUGGGAGAUUGGGCAGGAAAAGGAAGGCCACGGCGGCAAUGAAAGCCAUAACUUAGAGGAGAAGGAGAUGGUUCUUACGAAGAAUGCCUCGUAUGGUUUGAUUGUUGGUCCAUUCAGCGCAAUAGAGGAUAAAUUAAUCGGCAGCAUUGGGAAGAAACAAUCAGGAACCUGCGACUCGAAGGGGGAUUUCGGACAGGCCGUGGGGUCGCGGACAUUCGUGUUGAUAAUUCAUGAACUCUCAAUGACUGGUGCUCCACUGUCCAUGAUGGAGUUGGCAAAUGAGCUCUUGAGCUGCCAGGCAACUGUGUCGGUAGUGGCCCUCAGCAAGAAGGGCGGUUUGAUGCGGCAACUCACUCAGAGACGGAUCAGGGU